GACCUUAGUGUGACCGAACUUGACCAUAAGUCCAGAUUCUCCUCAAAGCAAGACUUUCCAAAGGACCAAUGACUCUGUUUCCUGGGCGCUUUCAUUUUUUCCUCCUCCAUCACCAUGUCUCGAUCUCGCCAUGCCAGGCCUUCCAGGCUAGUCAGGAAGGAAGAUCUAAGCAAAAAGAAAAACAGCCAACUCAAGAAGACAUCCAAGCCAGUCAACAAAAAUGCAGCACUGGUCAAGACUCUGAGCCCUGGAAAAUUAAAACAAUUCAUUCAGGAGAAAGAUGUUAGGAAAAAAACUGAAACUAGACCGCCGCCAGUGCCAGCCAGAAGCCUUCUGACAAGAGCUGGAGCAGCCCGCAUGAAUUUGGAUCGGACGGAGGUUCUGUUUCAGAACCCAGACUCUUUAACUUGCAAUGGGUUUACCAUGGCCCUCCGCAGCACGUCUCUCAACAGGCGACUUUCCCAAGCACCCAUGGUGGUCUCCAAAUCCAAGAAAGCUCCACCUUCUAAGAGUUUAGAAAAGCAGCCUGAAUGUGAUGAGAGGGUACUCGCUGACAUGGUAGUACCACACCCAGCAAGUGAUUCAGUCCCAAUGCAAGACCUGCUCAUCCCUCCUGAUAGAGAGAAUCUAGUGGGUCCACAAAAUGCCUCUUUAGCUGAAGGCGAGAGCCAGGAGACAAGCCAGUCGUUUCAAAUAGUUGAAAAUUCCAAAGGAAAUGUCCCCACUCACAGUGGUCCUGUAACAGAGUCCCUUUCUGGGCAGUUGGAAGGGACAUGUGGUGGGGAGAGACUGUUUACUGAAGACACGUUGAAUGAUAGCAGCCAUUCCCAUGGAAUGCCUGCACAGGACACUGUGUGUGCUCCUCUACUCCAAAGAACAGCUCCUGAAGUUACCUCUCCAAGAACCCCUAGCACUCAGUUAGAGGACUUGGGUUCCCGAGUAGAAUCUCUGAAGCUCUCCGAUUCUCACUCAGAUCCCAUCCAAAGUGAACAUAAUGCUUGCUCCACCUCCAGCUGUCCUAAGGCUGUACCUGAACUGGACCUGGGAAGCUGCUUGUCUCUCAGUGGCUCUGUCUACCCCACUGAUCUAAUAAAGCUGCUUUUGUCAGGUUCAGAGCAAGGAAGCCUUGGUGCUAAACAAGGUCAUCAGGAGCCUUUCAAAGCCACCCAAGGCCAAAAGGAACCUCUUGAUACCACUUCUGUUGUAGGACAGGCCUCUAAUACUAACCCACAUCCAUUGGUAUUUUCUGGUGCUAAUGCAGUGCAUGGUGGGGUCCUGGGUGAGACCCCAGAUCCUCCAGGAAUUCCCGGUGCUAUUUCAGUGCAAGGAGAAGUCUUUGGUACUCCUCCAGGUCCACAAGAAACCCUUGGGGUGAGUGGAGAUGUUGCCCUUGACCUGUCUUUCCCUCUUAUGCCUGCAAACUUAAAUGCUACCUACAGUGCUCCCCGCCAAUGGCCUGAGCCCCCGAGCACAGUCUCCUAUGGGCUGGGGGUCCAGGGUGCUGCACAGGUUUUACCUUUGGGUUCAGGGCCCACUCCUCCAUCAUCAUCAAACUCAGAGUUCAGUUGUAUACCUCCGGAAACGGCCAUUCGUAAUGCAGGACAGGAGAAACGGGCUCCCGCAAGCUUUGCACCAACUGAAGCCGGCGAGAGCAGAAUCCACCACACUGCCCGGGAUGUUGCCCAACCCUCCCAGGCCGAUCCCCGCACACAGGAUUGGGAGGUCUGCAAGGUCAGCCUCGGCCAUGUUGUUAACCCCAUUGGAGCAUCAGUUCCCAUGUCACUGGCCACUACUGUCCCUUCUUCCUUCACAACCUUGUUACCUACUUUGGAGAAGAAGAAACGAAAGCGCUGUGGGGUAUGUGAGCCCUGCCAGCAGAAGACCAACUGUGGGGAAUGUACUUACUGCAGGAACAGAAAGAACAGUCACCAGAUCUGCAAGAAGAGGAAAUGUGAGGAGCUGAAAAAGAAGCCGUCCGUGCUCGUGCCUGUGGAGGUUAUAAAGGAAAACAAGAGGCCCCAGAGGGAAAAGAAGCCCAAAGUUUUAAAGGCAGAUUCUGUCAAUGGCCCUCAGUCAGAAUCCAUGGAAUACGGCAGUUGUGGUCAUGGGGAAGAAAAAAGAUUGACAUUGAAUCCUCCAAAUCUCAUUGAAAAUGUAACUGACAAUGUAGAAAGCAUGACAGGUAUUGAAGUGCAGAGGUGGCCACAAAGCAAGAGAUCUCGCUUAAAUGAUCGUGUUAAUGGCAACCUUGUUGGUCUGACAAAUGCUGAAAAAUCAAAAAGCUCUGAAGAUGAGAAGAAACCAACCGUACCUCCAAAAUCAUUUGCACAAACCUUAAAAAAUGGCAUUAAAAAUGUACAGUACCUACCUACUGAAACAAACCCAUCCUUUAAAAAAUUCAAUAUUGAAAAUUUGGGCAAGGCAUUUGAAAAUAGUUCUUAUAAAUUCCUGAAAGAUUCCACAAAUCAUAAUGCUAUGAACUCCAUUGCUUUUGGUGCAAGUUGUGAUCAUGUCAAGGGGAAAAGUAAUAUCUUUGUCUUCCAGACCCCUGGCUCAACCCACUUGUCACUUUCAGAUUCUGCAAACUUGAAUAGUCUACAUAAUGAAAGUGAUCAACCCGAAAAUCCUGAGAAUCCAUCAAAUCAAGAAUUCAAAGAUGGCUCUCCAGUUCAACCAUGCUAUUUAUCUCUCAUAAAAGAUAGGAUGUUAACAUUGGAGCAAGUGGUAGCCAUAGAGGCUCUGACUCAGCUUUCUGAAGCACCAUCAGAGGAUUCCUCCCCAUCCAAGUCAGAGCAGGAUGAAGAAGCAGAUCAGAGAACAAGUACUUUGCUAAACAGAUGUAAGGCUAUUCUCUACCCUGUAACUAAAGACCUCCAAGACCCAAACUUUCAAGGAGGAGCUCAGAGCUUCCCUGUUUGUGAACUUUUGGAGAAGCAAAGCUCACGCAACGUGAUAGUGUUCAAUGGCCAAAAUACACUUUCCAAGUCACACAACAGCUCAUCACCUCACCAGACUACUACAAAGUUAUCUGAACAUGCGAAAAUCACAAACCCAGUAUCUGGAUUUAAUAACAAAUCAAUUACAUCUAAAAUCAACACCAGUAAAAGCAUUACUCGCGAUGAAAUUACUCCGGUUGAUUAUUCCAAAAAUUUGCUUCAGUUGCCAGUGGGAGUUAACAACUUGAGCGGUUAUAACCAGUUCCCAGAAGGCAGAAAAAAUCUUAGUUCAAAGGAUGAUCCAUCCUGUCAGGAUGUAUCCUAUAGUGAAAUUGAGGAAGAUGUUGCAACAGAAUUAGCCCAACUUGCAGGAAAAAUUAAAUGUAACCAUAUAAAUCCUGAGGACAGAAAAGCCACAAUCCUUGAUGCUAAUAAUAUCCAGCAGAAAUGUACUCGGAAGAGCCCAACACAGAAUUCUGUUUCAGCUGCACAGAAUAAUCAUGGCUCUUCACUAACAAAGCAAAAGAAUGCAACCCAGAAAAAGCCGAAGUCCACCUUAUCCAGAGACCGACGGAAAAAGAAACUCAUGGUUGUGAACAACCAAGCAAAUUAUGAAAGGAUGCUGGAACUGUCCUACAAGUACAGCAUCUUGCAUGCCCUUUGGCUAUCGUCCAAGCUUCAAGGAUUUGGGCAGUUUGGUCCACGUCAUUUUCAUAUUCGAUUUGACCAAAUUUCUGAUAUGUUUGAAUUUCUGAAGCCACUGAUUUUAUCCAGUUCCAUACAACACGAGAAAUCAUUUUUUCCAUUCACCCAGAUGAAAUAUCCCCAGUUGACACAGGAAGAAAUGAAGAUUGAACCAUUGGCUUCUCCCUACAUUAUUCCCAUCAAAACAGAAUCCAAUGGGCAGGAGUCAAUAGAGGGAACCUCCAAUUCUUGGGAACUGUCAGCAAUGAAUGUCAAUCAUAAAGCUCAUCUUGUUUCUCAGGCCUACUGUCCAGGUGACCUGCCUGGCAUUGUUGGAGAGAGAACAUCACAGAACCCAGAGAAUAUUCUCCGUAAUGUGAAUGUAGUGAAUUCAGGUAGAUUCACAGUGGUUACUCCCAAAAGAGAAGAGAAAGGCUGCGCAGCUGGUGUCACAGCAUCAGAAAGUAACCAGGCAAAGUUUAAUGAGUAUACCAUGCAGUACAUGAACAAACGUGCAAAAAGGCUGAUGGCUUCCACGAAAGAUGCAGAAAUCAUCCCGUCCUGUAACUGUCUGGAUCGAAGUACACAAAAAGACAAAGGCCCAUAUUAUACACACCUUGGGGCAGGACCCAGUGUUGCUGCUAUCAGGGAAAUCAUGGAGAAUAGGUAUGGCAAAAAGGGAAAUGCAAUAAGGAUAGAACGGGUAGUAUACACAGGAAAAGAAGGGAAAAGCUCUCAAGGCUGUCCUGUGGCUAAGACAGUUUUGAGAAGAAGCAGCAAGGAGGAGAAAGUCCUUUGCUUGGUCCGGGAGCGUCCCGGCCACCACUGCGAAACAGCGGUGAUAGUGGUGCUCAUCAUGAUCUGGGAGGGCAUUCCCCUCGCCAAGGCUGACAGAAUGUACUCGGAGAUUACUGCAGACCUGAGGGGGUAUAACGGCCAUCCCACAGACCGGAGAUGCACUCUCAAUGAAAAUCGUACCUGUACCUGUCAAGGAAUUGACCCAGACACUUGUGGAGCUUCAUUCUCUUUUGGGUGCUCCUGGAGUAUGUAUUUCAAUGGUUGCAAAUUUGGGAGAAGCCCAAGCCCCAGACGAUUUAGAAUUGAACCAAACUCACCCAUGCACGAAAAGAACCUGGAAGAUAAUUUACAGGAACUGGCUACAGAUUUGGCUCCACUUUAUAAACAAUUUGCUCCCGAAGCUUACCAAAAUCAGGUGGAAAAUGAGCACAUUGCCCGAGAAUGCCGUCUUGGGAACAAGGAAGGCCGUCCUUUCUCUGGGGUUACUGCUUGCCUAGACUUCUGUGCCCACGCGCACAGGGACAUUCACAACAUGAGCAAUGGAAGUACAGUGGUUUGUACUUUAACACGAGAAGAUAACCGCUCUCCGGAUGACAUUCCUGAGGACGAGCAGUUGCACGUCCUGCCCCUAUAUAAACUCGCCGAUGUAGAUGAGUUUGGCUCCAAGGAAGGGAUGGAGGAAAAGAUCAAGUCUGGGGCCAUCCAGAUCCUCCAGCCCUCCCGCAAACGGAAGACCCGCUUCACUCAGCCCGUUCCUCGAUGCGGGAAGAAGAGAGUUGCAAUGAUGUCUGAGGUCCUGGAACGCAAGGUUAGGGCUGUUGAGAAGAAGCCUGUUUCUCGAGGCAAGCAGAAAAAUAAAGUCACAACAGUCCCCAACGGGAAAGUGGCAAACCCAUCUCCACUGUAUGCCUCGUCCUCAAAUACAACCUUUUCUGGAACUGCAGAAAGAAAUAGCUUUCCCUUGGGCACAAUGCCUUCUGGAAGACCCUAUGGUGCUGAUGCAGUUACUGGUGAUUGCCCACAACCUGACGAAGGACCUUCAUCUCCCAUGGCGCAGUCCUCGAUUCACCCCGAUCCUCUCACCGCUACUCCUGAGCAGUCCCCAAUGUUAACCUCUGCUCUUGGGGAGGAAUGUGAAGAGCUUUCAGAAGCUGAUGAGACUCUACCGGACGACCAAUUAUCUGAUGACCCACAGUCGGCUGCCGAGGAUCAGUCUGCCAACACUGAAGAGUAUUGGUCAGACAACGAGUACAUCUUCUUAGACCCCACCAUUGGUGGGGUGGCCAUAGCACCCACACAUGGCUCCAUUCUAAUUGAGUGUGCCCGGCGAGAGCUUCAUGCUACAACUGCUGUUAUCCUUCCCAACCGGAACGUGCCCGUACGCCUCUCCCUCGUAUUCUACCAGCACAAAAACUUGAAUAGGCCGCAACAUGGUUAUGAACAUAACAAGAGUAAGUUUGAGGCUAAAGAAGCAAAUAAAAAACCUAAGGCGCCAGAAAGGACAGACAAGGCAGCUAAUGAAGUUGCUGUUUUGUCCCCCGAGGUAAAUGCAUUAAAAGAUAUUCCUUCUCAUAAAGCAUUAACAUUAACCCAUGAUAAUGUUAUAACGGUAUCCACUUAUGCUCUCACACACGUUGCGGGGCCCUAUAACCAUUGGGCUUAAAAGAUUUGUUUCCCAUUUUUAUUGUAUUUUUUCAAGGUGCUGUAAAAGAAAGUCAUG